AUGACGACCGAGACGGCUCCUUCUUUUUCGUCACGAGAACGUGUGUUGGUGGCAGCAGCAGCGUCGGGGCGAGCGGUCGAUGUUCGAAUGGAAUCCGCCAUGUCGUUGACCACUACCACGGGUAGCAUUCGAAUGACACCCUUUCCCAAGGACGUCAUGGACAUGCUGCAACAGCACAAUGCCACUCGAAUUUUAGUGCAAGUCGGAACCAGUGCCUCUCGUGAAUUUGGCAGUCAUCCACUGGAUACCGUCGAGCCGUGGCACUCCUCGGAAGAUGGCAAUAAUAUGCAUCGAUUGGAUCUGGGGCCAUCGGGAGUCCGCGUCCAAGUGACCCUACGAGUGCAGGACGCUGCUACUGUUACUCCCUCUAGCCUGUAUAACCAAUUCGAAGCGGUCUUGCACGACUUGGUGGCUCGUCGCAUCAUCCUGGCGCCCUUCUUUUCCAUUUCGGUACCCAGAUUGCAUCGGCAUUGGAUUUCCUGGUGGGACAACAACCAUCAUGCUGACGAUGAUAACAACAAUCAACGAUUGCGCCAUUUCGAAGUGAUUUUACCCACCGAAGGGGCCGCCUUGUCUUCGGAAGGAAUGCGGGAAUUUGCUUUGGCUUUCUCGCCGUGUCACAAUCAAUCGGGAAUCUUUCAUUGGAAUGAACCCAAAAUCAUGUCCGAGUUGUUCGUCAAGCGACAGAGCUCCUCCAGACACUCGAUUUGGAUUCAAUUGGAACAACAGCAGCACCAAUCAUCAUCUACCACAAGAUUCGUCAAGGGACUCCAAUUUCAACAAUCUCUGGCAAAAGAAGAAGAAUCUUCCAAACUUCCACUUACAUGUACUGAUUCUCCCAAGGACACAGCGAGCAAAUCCGUCGCCCUUGCUGAUUUGUUUCCCCAAUCAACGCGACAUCGAUCCUGUCCUUUUGUCCAACAAGCGACUCUGGAGACGAUUCAAUCACCACAGCUGUCACUAUUACAACAAGAAGAAGAAGAAGGUAGUGCUGCUUCGUUGUCCUCUGCAACUAUUAUUCAUUCACGUGCAUUAAGUCCCAAGCAGUGGAAAGAACCCUGGAUGACCAUUCUACCCACACCAGAAGAACCACCACAAUCCACACGCUAUCAAGUCCAUCAGGCCCUUCGACGACCUCGAGGUGUCUCCUAUUCGGGACAAAUCGUUACCGAAGUUGUGGUGACGGCACCUCCUGACAAUUGUCGUCAAGUAUCCGUCGACAUUUCCUGGUUCUUGCCUCCCAUUGUCGUGCCACAGUGGCAAUCACUACGAGUGGUUUGGGAAGAUGCAGAACAACGAGUGGAACGCUUGUUGGAUUGGCGACAAGAUUUGCAGGCAUCCAUCACUAUGAUUGACCGUCAUGGUACCAACGAUCUCCACCAUCAAAACGUAUUUGACGAUGGAACUCUGUUUUUCCGAAUCCCUCAUUGGAAUGUUACGACCACAACGAAAUCACGACCACAUAGUCUGUCCAUUUCACUUGAUUAUCGACCGGCCUUUUUGUCGUUUGAGCACUUUCCGGGAGAUGCCAAUCGAGGUGUGGAGAUCCCACCUGCCAAAGCAACCUUUACAUGCCAACAACAACCACCCAUCCAUUUAUACUCCAAUUCUCUUCUCUUGUUGCCGCCAGUACCCGAUAUGAGCAUGCCGUUCAAUGUACUGAGCAUGUCCUGCAGUCUCUACGCCUUUGUGGUCGGAUCCAUUCUCAAUCUACUCAUUCGCAAGGGAAGUGAACGGGUGCAACGCACGUAUGAUCCCUCCAAGGUGCCACCACCCGGUAAACUACGACAGUUGGUUGGCAAAAUCAAGGAAAAAGUGCAGGCAUUGAAAGGAAAAUCAAAGGAAAGUUCUGCUGCAGCAGCAACAGGAGAGAAUGCUGGCGAGACAACCAAAGAAGAAGCUGUUGGCGUGGCUGAAGACCCUGUUGACGGCGACAACGCCGGUGACGAGACUCACUAA